CACACACACGCCACUGUACCGUCGGCCGUUGGUCAGUCACAUUUCAUCCUUGACGUUGCUGUCGUCCAUUGAUGUGUCGCCCAGCAGCGGCUCGUCGUCAUCGACAGGGAAGCCAGGCGGCGGGUCGGGGUCGAACCGAACUGUCGCCUGGAUGACCACCACCAAACAGACACAGGCACAGACACAGACACGCACACACACGAUUGGUCAGUCAGUGAAAUGUGUGUGCUGUGUGCUGUGCGUCCUUACCUGUCUCUGGAGGAACAUGAGCAUGUCGUCGUAGUUUCUAGUGCCGGAGUACUCGACCGGCCGGCGCUUGGCGUCCCUCUUGAACAGUAUCAGCGACGGGUACCCCUCUGCACACACACACAUGGUUGCGCUUUGCGUGUCUGUCUCUUUGUCUGUUCUCCCCAGUGCGUUCCGUUCAUCCAUCCAUCCAUCCAUACCGAUUUCGAUGCCCUCGAGCUCGUUCCUCGUUGCGUCGAUGCGCGCGAACCGAAUGUCACGCACAUGCCGCAGCUGACGGGCCAACUGCACACACACACACACACAUAGGCAGAGAGAGAGGUUCGAUGCUUCUCUCUGCCGUGGGGAGCUUCAGACCCACCCGUUUGAAGUCAGGUUCCAUUUUCCUGCAGUGUCCGCACCAGGGCGCCUCGAACUUGACAAACACGUCGUACGGCACAUCCAGCACCUGAGACACGAACGUCCGCCCGACGACCGUCAUCACAUUGCCUGCACGACGUUAACACACAUCCAUCCAUCCACCCCAGCACCCAUGUGUGUGCCUCUGUGUGUCCACUGUACUGGUGACGAGAAUGUUGUCGUCGGGGACAGCUUCGCUCUUGAGGAAGGGCUUAAUGCGGCCGUUGCUGACGUCAGCUAUGAACCGCAGGAGGGCUGCCUUGGUUAUCGUGCCCUGGAGCUUCCACUUGAGUGCGGGGUAGUAGUGCUCAUCGCCGCCCGGGUUCAUGGCCACCAUCAUCACCACAGGCAGCUCGUCCUCGAUGUUGUCCACUCCUGUCAGCUCUGCCAAUCACACAUACCAUACCGCAGCUGUCAUGGUGAUGGUGGACGGAUGGGUACCCAUGAGCCUCCGCUCGUGUGCCUCGUUGGCGCCAGUGAUUGCCCAGAGAGGCGAGACGUCCGUGUAGGCCGCACGCGUCUUGCGAAAUGCCGCAUUUGCACACAAGACACAGACGUAGAGAGAGAAAGACAGAGAGGAGACGGUGUGGUGAUGCCUUCAGUUGUGACGGACCGGCUUUCCAGCUGGCGUCGGAGUAGUCCUUGAACAGAAAGAUGAUCGGCCGCCCAUCUGGGAACACCUUCGCCCCGCUGCAUGGCAUGAACGAUCCAUCCAUCCAUCCACCGACGCCAUCAAUCACCAUCAAUCAUUCAACUGAAUGAGAGAUGACUUUUUACAGCAGGGGUGGGGCGUACGUGUCUUGCGUGAAGUUGCUGAUUGCGGGGAGCUUGUGGCGCUUGACGAAGAGGUCAAGUCCGUUGAGGUCAUUGAGGUAGCCGGCAAACACGGCCAUCUUCUCGUCGUGGGGCUUGAAAAUGAUGACCGACGGCAGCUGAUGUCGCACACACACAAGGAGAGGGGGGGUGGUGUGUGUGUGUGUGUGUGUGUGUCCUACUUUGACGUCCAGUUGGUAUGUCUUCUUGAUGAAGUCGAUGACGUCCUCAUGGGCCUCGUCGACGUGGCCAAACAGCACUGUGUCGUGAUGCUGCAAGAAACAAAAAUCCGCCCAUCCAUCCAUCCAUCCCGAUGCCAUUCCAUAGAAUCAAUCAAUCGCACCCGUGAGACGUGUUGGAAAGGCCUGACGAGGUGUCUGUGCUCGUCGGCGUGGAACAGCCCCACCACAGUGACAUCCUCACUGCCGUGCCGAGGGUCGUGCAGAAAAUGCUCCAGCUCUGAUGCACCCUGCAACACGUGAUCCUACACACACGCGCACCCACCCACACAUACACACACAAUCUCUCUCUCUCCCUCUCUCUGUCUUGGUGUGUGGAUGUCCUGCGUGUGGACCCUGUCGAUGUGUCUGUUGACCCAGACGACCAGCGAGUUCGGGGCCCGGGAGCCCUGAUAGUUGUUCUCGAACCGCUCGCCGUCCAGAAACAAUGACACUGUGGGAUACUCACGGAUGUCAUACCUGCCACACACACACACACACACACACACAAAACAAAUGAAAGGCGUUUGUAUGUGGAUGAGGCGGGAGUACUAUGGUACUUGUCUGCAAUGGCUCGUUGCCGUACGGCGUCCACCAUGACACUCACCACCGGCGGCUCGUGCAGCCGGAGCUUCAACGCAGCUAUCGCAAACGCUGCAGGCAGGACCCGCCGGCCACACUACUGUACACCGUCCUAUGUGUGUGGUGUGCUGUGUCCUCCGCACCUCCCAUAAAAAAAAACUUGUGACCAGUAGCACCACGGCGCGUAGAAGAACACCAAAACGAACGGCUCCCGCUUGAUCAGCGCAUCAAACUCCGACGCAUCUCUGCAACAAACACCACCAUGCACACACACAUCCAUCCCAUGCACACGCGCCGGCCUCCUGCCAGUGUUUUCUGUGGCCGGCCUUACACGUUCUGUAUGCUCCCAACGAGGUCCAGCGCAGCCAAUGGGUGCACAGCAGCCAACCAAAACAGCACCACAAGUAAAGCCAUCCAUCUCCGUCCGCACCGCAACUGCAUCUCUGCACGGGACGGGCUGGCUACCGGGCCGAAAGCAUCUGAAGGUGGCUUCUGCAAUGAAACUGCUGCAUGAGCUGCGGACUGAAAGAGUCGUGGAUG